AUGUAUAAGCGGGACAAGCGAGCCGCAGCAGGAGGCACUAAGAGAUCCACAACAAGAGCCACACACGAAGCCACAAAGGGAGCCACAAAGGGAGCUACAGAGGGAGCCACAACAAGAGCCACACAGGAAGCCACAAGGGGAUCUAGAAAGGGAGCCAAAGAGGGAGCCACAAAGGGAGCCACAAAGGGAGCCACAAAGGGAGCCACAGAGGGAGCCACAGAGGGAGCCACAAAGGGAGCCAAAGAGGGAGCCACAAAGGGAGCCAAAGAGGGAGCCACAAAGGGAGCCAAAGAGGAGCCACAAAAGGGAGCCAGAGCCAAAGAGGACCCACAAAGGGAGUUAAAGAGGGAGCCACAAAGGAAGCCACAGAGAGAGCCACAAAAGGGACCCACAAAGGGAGCCACAGAGGGAGCCACAGAGGGAGCCAGACAGGGAUCCACACAGGGAGCCAAAGAGGGAGCCACAAAGGGAGCCACACAGGAAGCUACACAGAAAGCCACGCAGCGAGGUUCAUCGGAAAACAAGCCAAAACAAACACCCGUGCUUGUGUACUUAUGGAUGGCACGGGUGUCGAUGUUCCGAGCGGACUGA